AUGUCAUCAAACAAACAAAAAUUUAACAUACCUACAUUACCAUAUACAUUUGAAAGAGAAGAAUCACCAAGCCCUUCAACAUCUACUUAUAUUUCUGAAUCAAAUACACCAACUGAAACAUAUGCAGGAGGACGAGUCUUAUCUUCAUCAAGAGGUGAACCAAUAAAACUUAAAGCUCAUCUUGCAUUACAGUGUCCUAAUAUUGAAGAACAUAUUAG